GUGCGAGGCGGGCUCUCAGUGGUGCGGCCGGCGGGCGGCUAUGGCGGCCGUACGGGGCCUGCGAGUGUCGGUGAAAGCAGAGGCCCCAGCGGGGCCGGCCCUGGGCCUCCCGUCGCCUGAGACGGACUCUAGUUUGGAGCGUGGCGAGCCGGAGCCCAUGGAGGUGGAGGAGGGCGAGCUGGAGAUUGUGCCGGUGCGGCGCUCACUGAAAGAACUGAUCCCGGACACAAGCAGAAGAUACGAAAACAAGGCUGGCAGCUUCAUCACUGGAAUUGAUGUCACCUCCAAGGAAGCAAUUGAAAAGAAAGAACAGCGAGCCAAGCGCUUCCAUUUUCGAUCAGAAGUAAAUCUUGCCCAAAGAAAUGUAGCCUUGGACCGAGACAUGAUGAAGAAAGCAAUCCCCAAAGUGAGAUUGGAGACAAUCUACAUUUGCGGAGUAGAUGAGAUGAGUACCCAGGAUAUCUUUUCCUAUUUUAAAGAAUAUCCUCCAGCUCACAUUGAAUGGUUGGAUGAUACCUCCUGUAAUGUUGUCUGGCUGGAUGAAAUGACAGCCACACGAGCCCUUAUCAAUAUGAGCUCUUUGCCAGCCCUGGAUAAGAUAAGAAGCAGGGAUGCCAAUGAGGACAGGUCAUCUGAGAAAAGUAAAAAAGACAAGCAGGAAGACAGUUCGGAUGAUGAUGAGGCCGAAGAAGGAGAAGUUGAAGAUGAGAACUCCAGUGAUAUAGAGUUGGACACAUUGUCUCAAGUAGAAGAAGAGUCUCUGCUAAGAAACGAUCUUCGUCCAGCUAACAAACUUGCUAAAGGAAAUAGGUUAUUCAUGAGAUUUGCUACAAAAGAUGACAAAAAGGAACUUGGAGCAGCCAGAAGAAGUCAGUAUUACAUGAAAUACGGGAAUCCAAAUUACGGAGGCAUGAAAGGAAUUCUUAGUAAUUCUUGGAAGCGAAGGUAUCAUUCCCGUCGCAUUCAGCGGGAUGUGAUCAAGAAGAGAGCCCUGAUUGGGGAUGAUGUUGGCUUGACGUCCUAUAAACACCGACAUUCCGGACUAGUAAAUGUUCCGGAGGAACCCAUUGAAGAGGAGGAAGAGGAGGAGGAGGAGGAGGAGGAAGACCAGGACAUGGAUGCAGAUGACAGAGUGGUGGUAGAGUACCACGAGGAGCUCCCAGCUCUCAAGCAGACCCGGGAGCGGAGCACAUCUAGGCAGUCCAGUGCCAGCAGUUCAGACUCCGAUGAAAUGGACUAUGAUCUAGAACUGAAAAUGAUUUCCACUCCUUCACCAAAGAAAAGCAUGAAAAUGACCAUGUACGCUGAUGAAGUGGAAUCUCAGUUGAAAAACAUUAGGAACUCCAUGAGGGCAGAUACUGUAUCUACAAGCAAUAUCAAAAACCGAAUCGGUAACAAGUUACCAACUGAGAAAUUUGUAGAUGUCCGACAUCUGUUAGAUGAAAAACGUCAGCACACACGUCCACGGCCACCAGGCAGCAAUACUAAAUCAGAUAUACGCCAGCGGUUAGGAAAAAGACCAUAUUCUCCAGAAAAGGCGUUUAGUAGUAACCCAGUCUUUCGGAGAGAGCCUUUUUCUGAUGUACAUAGUAGACUGGGUGUUCCCAGGCAAGAUGUUAAAGGCCUCUACUCUGAUACUCGGGAGAAGAAAUCAGGUAGUUUAUGGACUCGCUUAGGAUCUGCACCCAAGACCAAAGAAAAGAACACGAAGAAGGUGGAUCACAGAACACCGGGCACUGAGGAAGACGACUCUGAGCUGCAAAGGGCAUGGGGGGCUCUGAUAAAGGAGAAAGAACAGUCUCGCCAAAAGAAGAGCCGCUGUUACCAGCACCCUUUUCCCAAGAAAAGUCAAUUCCCAGGUGCUUAUUGGACAGCCUUCGAGGGGGAAGAUGAGGGAAGCUGCCAGCUCACCCUUCCAGGACCCUAGUGUCGGGGCCGAAUCUCAUGGACCUGACUACAGAGGUGCACCAGUGCCGCCCAGGUAGAUAAGAGAUGCAGCGUCGAUCGUGCUUCCAUUCCUUCCUGGGGAUUUCUGUUAGGGGCCUCUUCGUAGCAAUCAGCUUGAAGUGAAGAUCAAGUUCAGUGCUGUGGGAUUUUUAGGAACAAAAAACUGUGACUUCUGGAUUUGGGGUGGACUUUUGUGCUAGGGGUGGGGUCAUGGGUUAAUGUUGAACAAUUUUUAAGUCUGUAUUAUGUUUAAAAAUAUUAAUGAUUUAAAAGUUAAAAUUUUUAAUUUUUAUAUGUGAAAAUACUUCCUGUUGGCUACAAGGGAGCUCAAGUGGUGUCUUAUGUGUGCUGUUAAAUAUAUAUUAUAUACUUUGGAAGAAGGCAAAGAGAGGAGUCUCAUUAUUUUUAAAUGAUCCUAAUUGUAUAGUCUGUCUGUUGUAUAUAGAAUUCAACUUGCUUUUUGGCCACUGUAGGAAAAAAAAAUCCAUCCAUCAGAGAUGGAGUCCUGUUGUUUAUUAUCACUUCAGAAGUGAUACGUUGGUAUUUAUUCUAUUUCCAAGUUCUGGCGCCUGAAGUUAUCUUUAAAACUGGCUAAUAAGAUCAUAGUUAUGGAAAUUUUAGCUUGUUUGUUUCUAAACUCCUUUCAGAUUAUUUUAAAGGCAGUAGAUUAUUUUGUCUUCCUGUUUGAUCUCUAUCUUGAAGUAUUUAAUGUUUAUAUUCCUUUGCAGGCUUAAAAAUAGUGUUUCUCUUCAAUUCACUAGAAUUUAGGAGUUAGAGAUUGUAAACCUUUGUCCCUUUGUGGUGUCACAGCUCUUCACCUGUCUGGCUUGUUUCCGUACCUAGUGUAGCCCUGGAUUCUAGAGAUCUUUACUUGUGGCUGAGCUAAUGGUCGCAUUGAUAGUUGAUUACAGUAUGGUGUGAUUGAAUGCAGAAUGCUGCUGCUAAUAAAGAAAAUAAAGGGCUGUGGGACUUAAGAGCUGCA